AUUGCGUGCGCGCUCCCGCGCGCAGCGUUCCUUCCACUCGCUCCCACGGCGCGCGCGCCGCCGCCGCUGCCGGAGGAGCUCGUGGCGCUGAGAUCAUGUGAGAGUCCACGCCGGGAGAAAGUAGGUUAGCAGGAUAGACCGCCGUGGGGAAUAUUCUCGCCGUACAUCCACGACAUGACGCCCUGCGCGCGAUAGAGGAGACUUUAUUUCCCUCACUUGUCGCGCUUCUUCUCCCCCCCCCCCCCCCCCCCCCCCCCCCCCCCCCACUUUUGUGUGGGCUCCACGCUGCGUGUCCCCGGUCAGCCAAAUGUAAACCACGCUUCGACUGACUCCCGAGAAGAAGAAGACGUCAAAAUGAGAGCUCAGAUCGAGGUCAUCCCCUGUAAAAUCUGCGGGGACAAGUCCUCGGGGAUCCACUACGGUGUCAUCACCUGUGAAGGCUGCAAGGGCUUCUUCCGCCGCAGCCAGCAGAACAACGCCAUGUAUUCCUGUUCCCGCCAGAGGAACUGCCUGAUCGACCGGACCAACCGCAACCGCUGUCAGCACUGUCGUCUGCAGAAGUGUCUCGCUUUGGGCAUGAGCCGAGAUGCGGUCAAGUUUGGCCGUAUGUCCAAAAAGCAGCGUGAUAGCCUCUACGCUGAGGUGCAAAAACACCAGAAGUCCCAGGAGUGCCUGGGCUCUGGAGGUGGGGGCCCCACCACCCUGGCCUCACCCAGGGAGGACGGCGGUGGCGGCGAGGACGGCGAGGAAGGUCUGAGUCGCUCCUACAGCAGCGGGGGCUCCACCUCCACCCUCAGCGACCUUGACGACAUCGCGGCGCUGCCAGAUCUGUUUGAUCUGCCGCUGACCCCCGAGGAGGCCAGCGAGUACUGCAGCCUGGAGCUACUGGGCGGGAACAGCACGGGGAACACCUCCAAGUCAUCGUCCACUUCCUCCUCGUCCUCAUCGCUGUCCAAUCAGAAUUCUCCGCAGCAGACGAUGUUGGAUGGGCCAGACAGUGGCAUCCAGCUGCUGCACACACAUCCACUACUUGGGGACACGCUGCUGGACCAGCUGCCGGACCCCCUGCCGGACGACUGCUCAAUACCAGACCUCGAGCGAAUUACUCAGAAUAUCGUGAAGUCCCACCUGGAGACGUGUCAAUACAGUGCCGAGGACAUGAAGAGAUUCACUUGGGUACAGUACACAGCCGAGGACACGCGGGCUUUUCAGAACAAGUCGGCUGAAUGGAUGUGGCAGCAGUGUGCACACCACAUCACCAACGCCAUCCAGUACGUGGUGGAGUUUGCCAAACGAAUCGGCGGCUUCAUGGAUCUGUGUCAGAACGACCAGAUUAUAUUGCUGAAAGCAGGAUGCCUGGAGGUCCUGCUGAUCCGCAUGUGUCGGGCGUUUAACGUCAACAACAGCACUCUUUUCUUCAACGGAAAAUUCGCCUCGGCUCAGUUCUUCAAAGCACUUGGUUGUGAUGACCUCGCGAGUGCAGUGUUUGAACUGGGAAAAGGACUUUGCCGGCUCCAGCUGUCGGAUGAAGAGAUGGCUCUGUUUAGUGCGGCCGUCCUGCUCUCCCCUGAUCGGCCUUGGUUGACAGAAGGCCAGAAGGUCCAGAAGCUCCAGGAGAAGGUCUACUUGGCCCUGCUGCACAGUCUUCACCAGAGUGGUUCUGAAGAGAAACUGGACAAGAUGCUGUCCAAACUACCCAUCAUGAAGUCCAUCUGCAACCUCCACAUCGACAAACUGGAGUUUUUCCGCCUGGUCCACCCGGAGACGGCGUACAGUUUCCCGCCGCUGUACCGGGAAGUGUUUGGGAGCGAGAUGUCUCUGCCCGACUCCACCAACAGCUAGACAGACAACAGACAGAGAGAUGGUAUCGACAGUAACUGGAAGCAAAAAAGGAGUAGACCGAGCGGGAUGAAGACGUUCCAAGCUCAACAACCAGCAGUCGAAGGACAAUCCAGGACUUUAAAAAAAACUCCAAAGUAGUCCUCCACUUUCCGAGCGGGCGACGCACCUUACACUACAGACCACGCACGCUCUCUUGCUUCUCUGCCGACCGUAGCAGCGCCAACCAGCAGACGCAUCGGACGUACGCACCAAGUCGCCGCACUUGUUCAGCGUCCCAGUCAUGAAUGUACCUCAUUGGCCCAACAGCGGAAUGUACCACCCUGUCACAGUCUUAGAAAAGUACCAUUUCGGUGUGGUAUGCGCACAUACACUAUAUUGCCAAAAGUACUUGGCCACCCAUCCAAAUGAUGAGAACCAGGCCCAGUGUAUCAAAUCAAGCACUUGGGCAAACGCUUGUGAACGAAUAGGCCGCUUUCAGUGAUUUCCAGCGUGGAACUGUCACAGGAUUCCACCAGUGCAAAAACCCCAUUUGGGAAAUUUCCUCGCUCCUAAAUAUUCCAAAAUCAACUUUAUUACAAGAAAAUGGAAGAUUUUGGGAACAACAGCAACUCAGCCACCAAGUGGUAGGCCAGGUAAACUCACAGAGAGGUCAGCAUAGUGCAAAGACUUUCCGCACGGUCGGUUGCUACAGAGCUCCAGACCUCAUGUGACCUUUCCAGUUAGCCCACGUGCAGUACGCAGAGAGCUUCACGGAAUGGCUUUCCAUGGCCGAGCGGCAGGAUCUAAGCCAUACAUCACCAUACAGUGGUGUAAAACACGUCGCCACUGAUCUCUAGAGCAGUGGUCCCAAACCACUGUGCCUCGAUUGGUACCGGGCCGCAGAAGAAUUUUUUAUUAUUUAUUUAUUUUAUUUUAUUUUUGAAUUUUUUUGGGGGGGUGGUAUAGCUCGGUUGGUAGAGCGGCCGUGCCAGCAACUUGAGGGUUGCAGGUUCGAUUCCCGCUUCCGCCAUCCUCGUCACUGCCGUUGUGUCCUUGGGCAAGACACUUUACCCACCUGCUCCCAGUGCCACCCACACUGGUUUAAAUGUAACUUAAAUAUUGGGUUUCACUAUGUAAAGCGCUUUGAGUCACUAGAGAAAAGCGCUAUAUAAAUAUAAUUCACUUCACUUUUGUUUGUUUGUUUUUUUUAAUUAAAUCAACAUAAAAAAAAACAAGAUACACUUACAAUUAGUGCACCAACCCAAAAACGGUACAUUUCGGACAGCGUUGUGCCGAGUGGGAAAUUUGGUGGAGGAGGAAUUAUGGUGCGGGGUUGUUUUUCAGGAGUUGAGUUGCAGUGAAAGGAACUUUGAAUGCUCCUGGAUACCGAAACAUUUUGGACAAUUCCACGCUCCCAACCUUGUGGGAACAGUCUGGAACGCGCCCCCUUCCUCUUCCAACAUGACUGCACAAAGCAAGGUCAAUAAAGACACGGAUGAAGGUCGUGAGCUCAAACCCCGGCCGAGUCAUACCAAAGACUAUAAAAAUGGGACCCAUUACCUCCCUGGUUGACAGUCAGCAUCAUGGGUUGGAAUUGGGGGUUAAAUCACCAAAAAUGCUGCUCACUGCUCCCCUCACCUCCCAGGAGGUGAUCAAGAGUGAUAAGUCAAAUUCAAAGAAUAAUUUCGCCACACCAAGUGUGUGACAAUCAUGGGUAGAAGAAAAGAAAGAAAGAACUUGACUGGCCUGCACAGAGUCCUGACCUGAACUCGAUAGAACACCUUUUGGGAUGAAUUACAACGGAGACUGAGAGCCAGGCCAACAUCAGAUUGAGACCUCACCCAUGCGCUUUUGGAAGAAUGGUGGAAAUAUCCUAAGACCUGGUUCUCAGUCUACUUUCUGGUGUGAGACGAACUUGACUGGCCUGCACAGAGUCCUGACCUGAACUCGAUAGAACACCUUUUGGGAUGAAUUACAACGGAGACUGAGAGCCAGGCCAACAUCAGUUUGAGACCUCACCCAUGCACCUCUGGAAGAAUGGUGGACAAUUCCUAUAAAAACACACUCCGCAACCUUGUGGACAGCCUUAUCCCAGAAGAGUUGAAGCUGUGAUAGCUGCAAAAGGUCAUAUUGAACCCUAUGGGUUAGGAAUGGGAUGGCACUUCAAGUUCAUAUGUGAGUCAAGGCAGGCGGACAAAUACUUGUGGCAAUAUAGUGUAUUCAUACAAAACCACACUUCGGGACCAAUAAGUCAUUUUCUUCGAGUAAAAUCCCGUCAUAGAUAUUCACACCCAUUUUUGCCCGUGUUCGGCGCCACCUUGAGAAACCUCAGUCCCACGCAAACCCCCCCCCCCUUGCAAAUGCCACUCGGAGACCUGGCAAGGCGAAAUUAUCUUUAAUUUAUAUACACAUUUCUAUACAAAUAUUUUAAAUGAGAAUGUACAUAGACGACUAUAUGAGAGCGAGAUUGGGCGGACGGAAAGGACGUCCUCCGCGUAGUACUCUCAGGUUCCCACGGCAACAAUCCCGCAACCCUCCGGAGGGACGGACAGACACUUACAAGCCGAGGCAGCGAGACUAGCCAACGAAGGAGACUAACCGCAGUCCAAGUGUUGUAUAAUGGAAUCACUCGGUAGUCUCACUUCUUUUUGUUGUCCAUGGUAUUAGUCCUCUGCCCUGUGAGUCCCAAACCCAACAGUUUUGAGAGAAAAAAAGCACUUAUACUUCCCUCUCACUGGACAGGAGUCUAACGCCCCCUGAGUCCGGAGCCCGCGAGCCACUAAGACGUCUCUCAGCUCUCGUUUUGUUGGCCGCAAAAGUCCAAAUUCUGCAGGUAGUUUUUAGCGUGGAGAUGGUCACGUCUCACUCGGGGGUGCUGUGAAGUUUUGUUUUGUUUUUUUAGAGAGAGAGGGGGGGCAGAGUCUUGAGGGCCUGUCGCCUGCCACUCAGGGAGCGAGCUGUGGUCUCUUGUCCCUUCGUCACCAGCCUUCUACUCACCAUAAUCACUGUGGACGCCGGUUCUAUUUUUGUCAAUGUCCUAAUAUUGUACCGUUCAAAUUUACAGAAAGGAAAAAGAAUAAAAUCAAUCUUAAGUUCAACGACAACUGUUUUGUUUUUUUUUGCAGUGAUUUUCACGUUUGUCUUUAAUCCACUUAGUUCUUUUAAGUGUCUCCACUUUUGUCUCGUAAAGUCGGUGAUCUAUUUUUUUUAAAUUGGAAAACUCCGAGGAAGAGUACGGACAAAACAGGACGAGUUUGUCUCCCCCUUUUUCCUUUCCUUGUUUGAACAAAAAAGUACAAGAGGUAUAUUACUAGUGAGUCGCACAGCUCGAUAUAUAUUGUUGUCCGUCGGGUUUUAAGAAUGUAAUAAAUGGUUUCUUCUUUGGAAA